AGGCUGUAAGAGCACCUCUGAUACCAGUUCUGUUCACACACCCAUAGCUGCACCUAUUAGUGCUGUUGCAGAUGCAGCUCCUUCUUAAACAAAACAUCAGCUGCCUGCAGCUCUGGUUGUCUUCUGUCAACAUGAUUAUGUUCUGUGCAGUCUCCAUUGGAUUUUUAAUUACACUUGCCAUUGGCUGGGUGGGUACCACACCUGCCCCAGUUCUCACCAAGACCCCUGACUAUCCAGUUUAUUUAACAGGAGAAGCUGUCACACUGGAUUGCAUUGUGGAUGAUCCACAUUACCAUAAACAAUUUACCUUUUUUAAGCACAAUGCUGAGCUUUCACCACAGUGGAGUCCCACCUACCACAUAUACAGUGUACCGAAUAUGUCUGGGGAUAAGUACACCUGUCAGUACAAGACUUGGAGCUUUACAUCACCCAUGAGUAACUCGAUCACAUUGUUUGUGCUUGACCCACCACUUGCUCCAAUAAUUUCCCUCAACCCUCCUUUAAAUACUGGAUCAGGAGAUAGGUAUAUUUGGGGUGAAUCCGUCUCUGUGAAAUGUACUUCUCCACAGCUUAAUAUGAAAGGGGCCCAAUAUUAUAUCGAUGGUAAAGUCACCCACACAGUAAAUGUCACUGGGAGAGAAGCAACAUAUAAAAUGUUGGUAUCGGGCAGAAAACUGUCAGUCACAUGUAAGUACUGGAGAACGGAAUAUGAACGGCAGAUUGAGUCACUGAUGAGUGAUCCAGUAACCCUCAAAAUAACAGAGCCCCCUCCAUCUGCUUCUAUAUCUCUGAGACCUUCCAGGUCGGUAUAUACCAGAGAUGAGUCAAUUGAUUUGAUUUGUACCCCUCCAAAAUCCUAUCCAGUCAGAGGAAUCCUUUAUUACAAAGAUGGAAAAGAAAUCUACAGUGUAAAUCUGCCACAUAUACAAUCCUCUUAUUCUGUACCAAGAAAUGCUGCUGGAAAUUAUGUAUGUGGCUACUGGAUAGAGACAGAAGGAAGAAAAAUCUUAUCUUAUGGAAGUGAUCAUGUUACAAUAAGGAGGACGGAUUUUACUUCUACUCUCUCUUCUACGCUGAUAACCAAAGAGAUGGAAGCUCCCACCACUAAAGGUCUUUCUACUCCUCUUGCUUCUGUACUGAUAACCAGAGGAAAGGAAUCUCACACUUCUAAAGGUCUUACUAUCCUGCCUCUAUCUUCUACAUUGAUUACCAAAAUGAUGGAAGCUCCCACCUCUAAAGGUCUUACUACCCUGCCUCUAUCUUCUACAAUGAUAACCAGAAUGAUGGAAGCUCCCACCUCUAAAGGUCUUACUGCAGGUCUUACUACUCCUUUCUCUGCUGUACUGAUAACCAGAGUGAUGGAAGCUCCCACCUCUAAAGUAAAAACACCUGUGAUGGAAGCUCACACCUCUAAAGUCCCUGAUUAUGCUAUUUCUACAUCUUUGAAUUCUAACCAGCCUUUAGGACCUGACAUCUUCACACCUUCAGCCGGUUUUACACCAGCAGAUAUUGAACCAAAACAGUUAUGGAUUUAUGGUAUUACUGGUGGAGCCAUCAUGAUACUGACAUGUGUUGUAGUUGUCAUCCUUCUGAAAGCUCAAGUCUGCAGCAGAGGAAAGAAGCAUCGUAAUAAAUCAAAUCACGUUUGGACAAACAAUAAUUCUACUGACAUGGAAACUGAAAUAUCAGGAAACAAUAAAGCACUGUUAGUCAUGCCUGCGCUGGACCAAGAUACAAAUGACAAGUUGCACAUUUAUUGUGAAAUUGAUGUCACUCCACUUGCAAGCAAUAAGCCAAAGUCAUCUCCAAAACCUAAACCUGCCAUACCUCCUACAAUCCCACCACCAUUUGAUGCUUUAUUACAUUCACAGCUUCAGAAAAUGAAUCCUAUUUAUCAGUGUUCAACCUUAGAGGAAAUAGCUACUCCACAACAAAAAUCUUCUAAUAUCAACAUUGCCAAGCAACGAGCACCACUCUCUGAUGCUUUGUUAGAUUCCACUGUUAUGAAAACGAACCCCCUGUAUUCAUGUUCACCCUUAAAGUAAAGCUCAUGUUCAUCAAUAACAAUUCCUCAGCUCAGGCAACCCUUUCAGCAUUCACAGAUCUGAAUGGCUGUGAUCUUAUGCCAAGUGGAAACUAAGCUGAAUUUGUUGCAGUAUCAUCUAACAUUUCCUGUCCUACACUGUUAGACCGAGUAUAGGCUUCUGUACUGAGAUUGUUUUUUUGAAGUCUUUAACCCCAUUUGGCAUCUGGGUAGUGCUUGAAGGCUUCAAGAUAAUUAUUUAUGGUGUCUCUUUAUUUCCUUUGCUACCAAUAGGUUACAUUUUUGAAUGGCAUUAUGGCUUCUUCUAUAAUAGCUCCUUCUUGACGUGUACUUUUGUUUCAGUUUCCCUGACUACUUUAGGGUUUUGCAUAUGGGAUGACCCAAACCAGAGCCUCCUGGACUUGCAUGUAAAUGAUUUCCAGGAAUUUUACAAUUUCCCGAGCAAGAAGGCAUUUUCCUGUGAUAAAAUCAGAACAAUGUAUAUACAUAGUAACAUAGUAAGUUAGUUUGAAAAAAGACACACGUACAUUAACUUUUUUUUAACCUGCCUAAAUGCCAGUUGGCUUUGAAACCUUGACUUUGUGAAUUCAAAGCGAGUGUUGCAUGUGAUCUAAGGGUUGCAUGUGAAUUAAGAGGGUUAAUUAACCCUCGAUAUUCGACU